CCCCCAGCACCGAUGCUCAGCCUCGCCCGGCGCAGCCGCUGUCGCCCAACGCCGCCGAGCCGAGCCGCGGGCUGAGCCGGCCUCGGGCCGGCCUGGGGGUCCCCGGCCCCGCCGCCAUGCCCGGAGAGUCGGCCUCGAGCCCCCCGGGGCUGCAGCUGGAGGCCGGCCUCCCCCCGGGCUCCGAGGAGGAGGCAGCCCCCCCGGGGGACGCCGCCGCCACCCCGAUGCCCACCAAGGAGGAGGCCCGCCCGCAGCCCGAGGGGGCCAGCUGCGACGCGGCCCCCGGCCCCUCUGCCCCCGAUGUGGCCGAGCACGGCCCCCCCGCCAAGGGCUGCCGCCCCCCCCCCGCCACCACCUCCCCGCCACCACCACCGGCCCCCCCAGCCCUGCCCGCCGACCCCCUGGACACCCGCAUCGUCAUGGGCGAGGAGACGUGCUGCCCCCCCAAAACCCACCCCGAGCCCCCACCCCCCGGCCGCCCCCCCGCCAGCCUGGACCCCGACCUCUUCUUCACGGCCCCCUCCACCCCCGUGCGGACGGGGGGGCUGCGCCCGAAGGCCGAGGAGGACGGGGGGGACGCGGAGAGCGAGGGGCUGGGCUCGCCCCCCACCUCCCCGUCCGGCUCCUACAUGACGGCCGAGGGGGGCAGCUGGGGGUCCUCGGGGACCGCCAGCACCUCCCCGUCCUGCUCCCCGAACCUCCUGGCCGAGGCCCCCGACGGCGAGGCCGGGCCGGCGGCCUUCACGCACCGCUCCCCGUCGUCCUCCUCCUCCUCCGAGGAUGAGGACGCGGCGUCGGCCGGGCAAGAGGAGGAGGAGGAAGAGGAGGAGGAGGAUGAAGAGGAUGAAAGCAGCGGGCAGGCGCUGGUGGAGGAAGGCUCGGAGCUGCCCCAGGUGGCCCCCACUGGCCUCAUCCCCGCGGCGCUGCUGCCCUUCCGCGGCAGCCUCCUCUUCGAGGCCGAGGCCGUGGAGAUCACGCUGGUGCCGGCCGAGGCGGCGGCCGAGCCCCUCUCCGGGGAGGAGGAAGAGGAUGAAGAGGAAGACGAGGAGGAGGAAGACGAAGACCCCAGCACCUCGGCCUCCUUCCUGCGCUCGCUCUCCGAGACCUCCAUCAACGAGGGGGUGGACGAGUCCUUCGCCUUCCGCGAUGACACCUCGGCCUCCUCCGACUCGGCCUCCUACGACGGCGAGGAGGACGAGCGGCUCUACGGCACCGAGCGCCACGCGCUGGGAGGGGCGGGGGGGCCCCCCCCGGCCACCGCCACCCCCGGUGACACCGAGCCCUCCUCCGAGGCCUCUGGGGACAUCGAGCUGCACCUGCGUGGUGGCGUCGCGCAGCCCGACGGGACGGGCAGCGGCAGCGUCACCCCCGGCGGGGAUGAGAGGGCAUCGCCAGGAGGGUCCCCACGGCACGAGGCAGCCCCCAGCCCCCCCAUUUUGGAGGCACCCCCCAGCACUGAGGAGGACCCUGAAACCACGUGCGUGGAGCUGGGGACGCUGGGUGUGGAGCAGGAUGGUGCCCACCCGGUUGUAGAAGAGGAAGAGGAGGUUGAGGAAGAGGAGGAAGAGGAGGAGGAGGUGGAGGAGGAGGAAGAGGAGGUGGCCGAGGAGGAGGUGGUGGCCGCCUCUGAGGUGGCCUCUGUUGAGGCUCUCACCACAGAAGUCAGCGUGGAGCCGAUGGGUGAGACCUUCAGCUCCUCCUCAUCCUCCUCGGAGCUGGAGGAAGCCUCCACCCUGGAGCCCGACGUCCUGCAAGAAUCAGGCCCUGUCCCAGAGGAGCCUCCCCCCACGGAGGCCGCUGUCCCCAUGGAGUCUGUGCCCCCGGAGGAGGUGGUGGAGGUGACACCAGAGGUGGUGGAGGUGACACCAGAGGUGGUGGAGGCCCAGCCGGAGGCUGACCCCGGCACGAGGCUGGAGCCGGAGGCCGCAGCGAGCGGCAGCGCCCCGCAGCCCCCCUGUGCUGGGGAGACCAAAGACCCCCAACCCGAUGGGCCGGGGGGGGAUGCCCCCACGCUGCCUGCCACGAAUGGUGACCAUGAGCUUGAUGCCACCGCACUGGAGACCCCCGAGCCUCCGUGCCCGCCUGAGCAAGGUGACCCCAACAGCCCGGACCAUGAGGCCGGUGGCCAUGAGGACGGCAGGACGGACCCCACGGCAGCGCCCAGCCUGGGUGAGGAUGUCCCCGACCUGCAGGACGGCCUCACGGAUGAGGCCCCUGAGCAGGAUGAGGCCCCUGAGCAGGAUGAGGCCCUCCACGAAGACGGGGAGGCCUCAGGCAGCGAGUCCCCGCCGCUGGCCGCGAGCGAGGGCGGCAGUGACACUGCCGAGGCGCUGGAGGAGGCGCCCAGCCCCGCGCCGGGGGACGCGGAUGAGACGAGGGACGCGGACGAGCCCGACGCCGCCUCCGAGGACGAAGCCUCCAGCGAGGACCUUGAGCGGGAGCAGAGCCCGGAGCCGGCCUCGGCCAGCGCGGAGGCCGAGUGGGAUGCCACCGCCUCCUCCUCCUCCUCCGAGGACUCGUCGCCGGAGCUGCUGGACACCUCGCGCUCCCGCACCGACUCCAGCUUCUUCACUGCCCCCGAGGACAGCGCGGGGGAAGCGGCCGCCCCCAGCCUCCCCUCCCCGGCCCCGCGGCCCUGCAUGGCCCUCUGCCUGCUGCCCCCGGCCUCCGCCCCCCCGCCGCUGCGCUUCACCGCCUCGGAGCGGGAGGUGUACGUGGGGACCCCCCCGGCCCCCCUCGAACUGCUCCCACCACCAUCACCACCACCACUCGGUGCCUUGCCGGAGAGCGCGGAGGACCGCCGGCACGUGGCCACCAUGCUGCAGGGCGCCUUCGGGGACCUGCCGGCACCGCAGCGACCGGGGGGGCCCGGACAAACUCCCCCCGCUGCUGCUGCUGCUGUGGAGCCUCCGCAGCCUCCGCAGCCUGAGGCCGAAGCCGCCGUCGCCACACCUGAACCCAAAGAGCCCCAGGAGCCGGGCGAUGCGGGGAGCCCCCCGUGCACCCCUCCGGCCUGCCCCACGCAGGACGAGGAGCCCCCGCUGCUCCCCCCCGGUGAAGAACCUGAUGCCAAAGUCCCGGUGGAGGGCGAGCACCCCCCAGCACCCCCUGAGCAGCAGGAGGAGGAGGAGGAGGUGGCGGCAGGAUCCAGCCCCACGCCCAGCCCCGAGGAGGGUGGGGAGGGCGGGGAGGCCACCCCCAGCCCCACCGAGGCCGUUUUGGUGCCCUCAGAUCCCCCAGCAGAGCCCAGCUCCCCCGAGGACCGUGCACCCCAAGAGGUCCUGGCGGUGCCGGCCGAGGUUUCGGUGCCGGCCGCCUGCCCGCCGCUCUCCAAACUCAUCCAAGUGCCUCCUCUCUCCUCCUCGCCACCGCGCUCGGAGGACACCUCAGGGCUCGCCGAGCGGCCGGAGGAGCGUCCGUCUGUCCCGCCGGCCUCCAGGAAGCGGCUGGAGGCGCCGGAGCCGUCCCCGCAGAAGGAGAAGGCGCGGGGCAGGAAGGCGCCGGGCGGCACCAAGGGUGCGCGGGGGCCGGAGGCGGCGGAGGGGGGGCCCCGCCGGGCACCCCGGGGCUCUGUGCAGUCCGAAUCGAGCUCCUCCAGCGAGGCCGAGCUGCCCUACCGCUGCCCCGGCGCCGCCGAGCACCUGCCCGCCAUCGCCCUGCUCGAGGACAAGGCAGCGCCGCGGCGGGGCGAGGCCAACCAUAAAGGGUCGUGCAACGAGUCGGAGAGCAAUGACGAGUCCAUCCCGGAGCUGGAGGAGCCCGAGGGCGCGGAGCCGCGGCCGGCACAGACCCAGGCACCGCUCACCCACUCGCUGGGCACCGGGGAGGAGAGCAUCAGCAAAGCCAAGCAGAGCCGGAGCGAGAAGAAGGCCAGGAAGGCCAUGUCCAAGCUGGGUCUGAGGCAGAUCCACGGCGUCACCCGCAUCACCAUCCGCAAGUCCAAGAACAUCCUCUUCGUCAUCACCAAGCCCGACGUCUUCAAGAGCCCCGCGUCCGACAUCUACAUCGUCUUCGGGGAAGCCAAGAUCGAGGACCUGUCGCAGCAGGUGCACAAGGCUGCGGCGGAGAAGUUCAAGGUGCCCAUGGAGCACUCGCCGCUCAUCACCGAGACGGCGCCCGCCCUCACCAUCAAGGAGGAGAGCGAGGAGGAGGAGGAGGUGGACGAGACGGGGCUGGAGGUGCGGGACAUCGAGCUGGUCAUGGCCCAGGCCAACGUCUCGCGCCCCAAAGCCGUGCGGGCGCUCAGGCACAACAACAACGACAUCGUCAACGCCAUCAUGGAGCUGACCAUGUAGCGGCCGGGCCCCCCCGGCCCCCCCUGUAUAGGUGCACAGUUCUCCUCCUCUUCCUACCCCCUGCCCCCCCCCGGCAUCCUUUAGCCCCGCGCCUUCGCCUCGCCCGCCUCUGUAACGCUCAAUAAACGGCCUCAUGCAUCACUGGGAUCGCA